AUGUUGCAAUCUACCGUCCACCGGUCAAGCCCUGCACAAACCCUAAUCCAAUGGCACAAACCCUUCAUCUUCGGCGAGAUCACUGCACCAUUUCUUCUCCAUCAGAGGUCUGUAAUUCCCAAAAGAGAGAAGAGUUUUCGUGUUCGUCACGUCUCGAGCACCAUUAAAGCAGUGGCGGGCUCAACUGAGAAAUCCACCACCGUUAAAGUUGUUGUUACAGUUCUUGCAACGGCCGGCGGGUUACUAUCAAACCUCGGGUUGACCCGUGGGCUCGACGAUAUAUCCGAUUUGUUUGGUAGAUCACUCCUCUUGGAGCUUGUUGCUGCCGAGCUUGAUCCCAGUAAGUGCUCAUCAACAAGAUGAUACAGAACUUUAUUGAAAUGUUGUGAUGGAUUAAAAACAACCAAAAAAUAAGUUAUAAUUUCAGAUUUUAAAGUUAUAACUAUCGUGAUUGAUUAUAAAAUUUUUGUUCCAACCAUGUUUUUUUGUAAUUUUAACUUAUACUUGAAAAAAUUUUAACUUAAUCUUAAAUAUCAUAAAGUUGCCCUUAAUUUUGCAACUAGUUUAAUUUGUCAUAUGUUUUUGAUUUAUUUUUAAUUUUACCUUGGAAUUAUUAAAUUGGUGAGGGUCAGAACAAUUGACUUGUCCUCUUUUGUGUUGCUUUGCUGGAGAAAUGGAUAAAAAGGGUCAGAUUUUCAUGAUUUUAAAAAUUGAAGGGAAAAUUUGAAAAAAAAAAAACAGAUUGAAACUGAUUACAAAGUUCACAGGCAUUCAUCAUGUUUUCCGACAAAUAAUACUUCUCUUAUAAUGGAAACUAUUUUGGGAAUAAUCCGUAUACCCUACUCCUACUCCAAAUCAAGUUUGAUCACCAAUCCUUAAUGAUUUGUUUGUUGGGAGUAACAAUGUAACACGUGGGUUGCAUAUGUAAUUAAAUAAAAUUAUAAAUUAGGUGUCAAAUAAUUAUUUUGUAUUUUGAUUAUUACUAAAUUUAAUUAUUAAUUUACUCUAUAUAAAUUUUUUAGUCCCUAAUCUGUCAUUUAUUUUGGUAUUUCAAUGCAACAAAACAAAAACAUGUCUUUUGUGGUUCUCCAAUAAUGAUCAGCUGUAGCAAGGAUAUUUUUAAAAAGUAAUUCUUUCAACGAGGACAGAGUGAGAAAGAGAUUCUCGUACAGUGGUUUUACAUGGGUACAAUACAAUAUGAAAUGAAUAUAACGAUACGAUAAAAUUUAAAAAAAUAAGAUACGGGUAUGAUUAAGAUACGACUAUAAUAAAAUAUUUUUAAUAUUUUUAUUAUUUUUAAC